UGGUUGCACUUCCGGAAGAAAUAGUUUGAAAAUAUUUCUUUACGUUUAUGUUGUUUACUGCUACAUUGAAGCCAUUAAAAUGUCGACGUUUGGUGGACAUAUGCUAGAAUACAAAUUUGUUUCAAUAGAUCGUUUUGAUGGGUCAAAUUUGAAGAGCACGGUGUAUUUUCUAAGUCACAACCAUGCAGAUCAUACUGUUGGGUUAGGAAAUGAUGCAUUUGCUCAAAGACUUGAGUCAAGCCCUGACAUCAAGUUGUAUUGCUCCGCUGUCACCAAAGACCUUCUGCUUGCCGAUGAUCGCUACAGCAGACUCAGCAAAUCAAUCGUGGCGCUACCCAUGCAAGAGCAGACGACUAUAGAGACCACACUACCCACUGCUGAUGACACAACCAAUAAGGCUCAAUCCUUCUGUGUGACAUUACUACCUGCUGGCCAUUGUAUGGGGUCUGUCAUGUUUCUGUUUGAGGGUUCAGAGGGCUGUGUCCUGUACACUGGUGACUUUAGACUUGCAGUUGGAGAUGCAGCUAGGAUGAAACAGCUCCAUUCAGAGCCAACUGGACACACAAAGGAGAUUAAGAGUAUGUACUUAGAUACAACGUUCCUUCUACCAGAGGUCGUUCACAUACCAAGUAGAGAAGAGAGUAGGGACCAUGCGUUUGAGAUUGCUGAGUCGUGGUUGGCUGAAAGUAGGAGUAACAUGAUCAUUCUUCGCACUAAGGCUUACAUAGGAUAUGAAUACCUCAUGAUUGAACUAGCAAAACACUUUAAAACAAAGAUCCACGUAGAUGAGAAAAAGUACCAGAUGUACUGUAAAUGUUCAGAUGAGAUAGCUCAGCAUGUAACCACAGACCCCUCAGAGACACAGAUACAUGCCUGCACUUGGGGGGCCAAUCAUAGUAAAGAGUCACCCCUUCCUUGCGGGUACAGUCCCAUAAUGCUAGAGGGUUCCUCGCUCCAAGCACGUACCAUACUUCCAUCAACCAUGUACUUUGCAAGGAAUCAUGGAUAUGAUAAAAAUUUCUUCCGUCCUUCACCAAAGAAAGGCUGCCAUAGAGUUUGUUAUUCUUUCCAUUCUUCGUACUCAGAGAUUCGGGACUUUGUGACGUACCUGAAACCUCACAGGGCAUACUUGAAUGUAGUCCCGCCUGGGCAGAAAUUUCAAGAGACUCAAAACAGACUGAAUGGGUUCUUGGACAUGGUCCACUCGGCACACUCUCAUGGUGGGGCAGGUGACGGAUCAGAGCAUGUACCAUUGAGACUGAAACGACGGAGACAAAGGAGUGAAGACACUCCAGCAGACGACUCUCAGCCUGACUCUCUGCUUGGAGAGCUCAGCGGACUUACACCUAAGAAGAGACAAAAGACAGAAGAUACUCCUGAUACCCCUGAAGGUUCUCAAGAAAAGAUGGACAGUCAAACAUCAGACUCCCAAACCUCCAAUAGAGGGCAGGCAGGUGAUAAUGUAAUAGACAAUGAAGCAGACGACUCCCAAGGUCAUGUACUAUCUGCGGAAGAGUCCAUAGAACUACAAAGCCAACUGUGUAUAGAUUCUGAUGAACUCAGUCAGAGAAGUGCUAAAAUGAAGUCUGUUGAUAUUGGUGAAGUAAAAAUGUUGAUAGAUAAUAGUGAUGAUGAAGACGAUGAUGAGCUUAAUGAAGAUGAGUUACUAGGUUUGUCAGAUGAUGAGGCAAAUAAAACUGACCCUAAAUUAAAAGCAAAGGAGGAUAGUAGAUUGAAAUCUAUUAUUGAAAAGCUAGGAGAUAAAGUUGGUGAUGUGAAGGAUCUUGCAGAAGAUGAGGACAAUGAAAAUCAACCUAAAACAGACUCAAAAGGAGAUGAAAGUGAUUGUGAAGUGAUUGAGUUAUCAGAUGAGGAGAAUGAUGAAACACCUGCAGCCAGAAAGACUGCUUUACCUCCACCCCCUGAAGGUAUCCAACAUGGACUUGUAGUGUCCUCGCCAGGGUCACAGGCGACAAGGGCUCCCUACAUCAAAGAUCUCCCCGAGGGUGCAACCAUGCAAGGCGGAGCCAUUUCUGUUCCAAAGGGGUUUGUUCCUGUUAGACAUGGGGAUGAGAUUGUACUUGUCCCAGCCAAUCAGAUAGGUAUUACCCCACCUAGACAACCUCGUAUCCCCAAGAAUAUGACAAAAAUUGAUGGGGUUGAGACUUUUGACAUCACAGAGAGUGACGAUGAGGAGGAAAUUCAGAAUGACUACUCUGAUGAUGACUCCUAUCUGGAUGAAAGUGUUUAUUCUUCCGAAUCUGACUACAGUGGAGAAGAUGAUCAAUCCCUUGCACAAGUGGAUCUUAAACGACUCAACAAGAAGAUGACUCAAAAGAUCUGUACAUGUGGAACAGACGAUAACCUUCACGAUGAUGAUUGCUUGGCUUACAAUCCUGCAGACGAUGAUGACGACAAUGAUGAGAUUUUAUUUUUGGAAUCUGUGGACUCGCCAAAAAGGUCACCAGAAUCAGAAGAGAGAAUUGAGAAGGAAGUUCAAGCACUUAAAAAUAAAAUUAAUCAGAUAGAAGCUGAUCGUGUAGAAAAAGAAAGUGAGAAUACUAUAGAAAGUAAAGAUGAAGACAAAAAAGACAGUGAACUUGAAGGUAAUACUGAAUCAAAGGAUGACACAAAUAAAACAGAUGAUCUUAAUGAUCAUAAAGAUGAAAAUGGCAUAAAUGAAGAUGACCUUCUUAAAGAUGACAAUAUGGACAAUAAUGAUGAUGUAAAUGAUGACAUAUUAAAUGAAGAUGACUUAUUAGGAAAUGAUAUAUCAGCAGACACGGGUAUAAAAGAGAACACUGAUAAAGUGAAAGACAUAGUUGAAGAUACUGAUAUUAGUGAUGUGUUACAGGAGAUAGAUGCAGCGGUUUAAAGCAUAAAUGUAGCACUAGUUUUAUAUCUAGUAUAUUGGUAAUACCAAGUACUAAGUGUCUCAGUGCUAUCUAGUACUAAGUAUAUAAGUACUUGAUAGUUCUAAUAUCUAAACACCAGGUAGUACUAACUAUCUAUGUAAUAUCUAGUACUAAAUAUCUAAAGUCUGUGAACUUGACAUAUCAUUGUUUUUUUGCCAAGAGAAAAUUUAUUUUGGUUGCCAUGGUUUCAUCAUUUGGAUUCACCAGCCGUGAAUUGUUUUAGUCGAACAUAUUGUUAGAAAAACUAGAUUUUCUUUUGUUAACUAGUAAGAUGUUCAAAUCUGUAUAUAUAUGUGAAUGAAGCUUUAUAGGGAUAUAAGAGUUGUAGAGCCAUCUGUCCGUUGAAAUUUUCAUUCAUAUUUAAAUGGAAAAUUGAAUUAGUUGUAUUUAUUGUUUUUUAAAAUGGCGGGAAUUGUUAACAAAAAUCAAAGCAGUAUGUUUGAAAUCAAAGUAACCGUUAAAUAUUGGUAGAAAAUACUUUAUAAUUUGUCUCCAUGCCUUAAAAUGUAAAAGACUGUCUUAAAACCUUUGUAAAACCUGUGUAAGCAUCUUUGGUACUUCAAAAUAGCCUUCUGCAGGUGUUCUUACAGAGGUUCAUUUUACAUUUCGUUAAUAGACAACUGGACUCUGAAGGGAACUGUGUUCCACUUAUGGAGGUGUUCCAUUAACAGAGGUAUCCAACAGUUCAACUUUACAAGCUUUAUUGUAUUUUUAUUAUUGGGAUUAGCUACUCCUUGGAGUUGCCAUUCUUUACUCUUUUGUUGGCUUUAAAAUAAGUCAAAUUAUCAUUUUUGCACAAAUAUAGAAUAGGAAUUUCUCUAUUUACGUAACCUAUAUGCAUAUGAAAUAUGAAUUUAAUGUUGUUGAAUAUUUAACCUUGUACCAUGUACAAGUAUAGAUUAUUAUUUCAGAGGGCCACGCUGUCCCAUAUUGUAUCAUGUAUUUAACCACAAAUGUAUUAGUAAUGAUUAUUUCUAAUAAGAUUUUCAAUUUCUAAUAAGACUGUUGUAGAAUAGUUAAAUGGAACAUUAAAUGAUCUCUAGUAAAUAGCAAAUAUCAACUGUGAUACUUUAAGGAUGUUGUCCAUUAUCAGCAGCUGUGGAAUAAUAAAGUUAGUUUCAUUAGGGAGGGAGGGGGUAAAUGAUGGUUUCUUUAGGGAGAGUAUUAUAUGAUAUUCAAGUUAAAGACAAAUCGACAAUUUAAAGUUUCGUGAUAUGAGGGUAGGGGGUGAAACCAUAAUGAAAUUAUAUUUAUUUUUCCUCAACUAUUGGUAAUUGGACAGCAUCUCUUACAAUAGUAACCUUUCAAAUAUAUUUUGUGAAAAUUA